AUAAAAAAAAACUAAUAAGAAAUAAAAAACAGUGGGCGAGAGGUAAUGUCGUGACUACUGAGGCAAUUAGAGCAUUCGAAGCAGGAGUGAAAAUGAAGGGGUGCAUCCUUUCACUUCUGAGGAGGACGAUGGUAGCUCUGGUGGUGCUGAUCGCAGCGUCGACCUCUUCCACUGGGGCCCACCGUCCUGUGCCCAAUAAUAGCCCAGCGCUGGUUCCAAGCUCGGCCUCGCCCGCGGCAACGCUUCAGGGGUUCGGCUCCAAUAUCUCCAGCGUAAACUCCUCUAAUGGGCAUCCCAGCGAGCUGGACAUUGGGUACGAUGGGUACAAUGCGACUCUCCAUCAUCGGCACCACUUCGUUACUCCCCACGGGGCCGAGGACAACACCACCGUGGUGGAAAAGACACCCCUGUUCCCCAAGGAUCUGUUCACCUUCGAGGAAAGGAGACGCGGGGCGGUGAUUUUUCACGUCCUGGGGGUCGUUUAUAUGUUUGUCGCACUUGCGAUAGUCUGCGACGAGUUUUUCGUCCCCGCGUUGGAUGUUAUUAUCGAGAAAUUUGAAAUCGCGGACGAUGUGGCAGGCGCGACUUUCAUGGCAGCCGGAGGCUCAGCUCCAGAACUUUUCACCUCGGUGAUAGGGGUGUUUGUUUCUUUUGACGACGUGGGAAUUGGCACCAUCGUCGGGUCUGCGGUGUUUAACAUUUUGUUUGUUAUUGGGAUGUGUGCGAUUUUCUCGAAAACAGUUCUGUCACUUACGUGGUGGCCGCUCUUCCGCGAUUGCACUUUUUACAGUGUCAGCUUGUUAACUUUAAUCUACUUCUUUCGCGACAACUUUAUACAUUGGUACGAGGCACUAGUACUCUUCGGGUUCUACCUGGCCUACGUCGGGUUCAUGAAAUUCAAUCAACCUAUGGAGAAACUCGUCAAGAGGAUAUUGUACAGAAAUAAAGUCACAAGGGUCAGGUCGACUGACCAGCUGAUGCCAUCGCAGCAUCCAAACGCAACGAAUAGCAGUGAGACGAGUGUGGGAGGAACAUCAGGUGCCUGCGGCAGCAGCGGUGCCGCGAUAAACGCCGAUGCCGGAUGCAGUAGCAGUCGUGGAGGCAGCAGCAGUGGCCAAGGCUGCGAGCAGUCAUCAUCUCAUCCAGGUGCUCGACACUCAUCAAGGGAGAGUCACGCCAAGUUUAGGCACGGCCUAUUACAACUAAUGAUCCACACAAUUGAUCCGCUCCACGACGGUCAGUCUCGCGCCGGUAAAGUGGAUGAGAAGGCGACGCAGUUGCACGCAAUAGCGUCACUGAAAGUCCUCUUGGACGCAACAAAGCCACAGAAUGGAGCUGCGACGUCAACGUCUGCCCAAUACUCGGGCUGUGUCUCCAAAGAGACGGCGCUUCAACUUCAGCAGGGAUCACAAGGUACUACGACGACAACAACCACCACAACAACUGCUGGUACCACUGCUGGUAUCCAGGAACUUCCUAAUGGCGGAAUAGCUGCUGGCAUUGACGCUGGUCUUGAAUCGGGUGAAGAAGAUGAACCACCAGAAGCGCUAGACAUGACGUGGCCCACUAGCCCAAAAAAGAGACUAACGUAUAUUCUAGUUGCGCCUAUUUUAUUUCCUCUCUGGCUAACUUUACCCGACACGCGAACUCCGAGAGCGUACUCGUAUCUGAUGGUCUGGUGGGCGAACGUAACUGGCGACACAAUAUUAAUACCUCCCGAAGUAAUGGGUCUUACAUUCCUGGCGGCUGGGACCAGUAUUCCUGAUCUCAUAACCAGUGUAAUUGUUGCACGAAAGGGUUUCGGUGACAUGGCAGUCUCUAGCUCUGUCGGCAGCAAUAUAUUCGAUGCUUCCGGUCCCAUGGCUUCUGUACGGUUUGAUUUACGGCAAACCAGUGGAGGUUAAUUCUGUCGGGAUGGUCUGCAGUAUCGCCAUACUCUUCUGCAUGUUGCUGUUUGUAAUUAUGAGUAUCGCUUGCUUCAAUUGGCGAAUGAACCGUGGCCUCGGAUUCACCAUGUUCCUCCUGUACUUUGUUUUUGUAACAGUAUCGCUUAUGUUUGAAUACGAGAUUCUCGUGUGUCCUGUUUAG